AUGCAUGAAGCACGCCUCAUGAGACAUUUUGAUCAUCCAAAUGUUGUCAAAUUCUAUGGAGUGGCUGCCGGUCAAGAACCCCUCAUGGUUAUCAUGGAACUGGCAAACUGUGGAGCUCUGGACUCUUUUCUUCAAAAAGCGGAGCAACCAAUGGAUAGGAAAAACGAGAUGUGCUUGCAGGCAGCUUGGGGGUUGGAAUACUUACAUGCAAAAAACGUCCUUCACAGGGAUAUCGCUGCCAGGAACUGUUUGUAUGGUGAUAAUAAGGCAAGUGAUACUAGAGAAAGCAAAGAAAGGGAUAAUUCGAGCACAUUUGUAAAAAUCUCCGAUUUCGGUCUAACUCGUGAAGGUACAGUAUAUCAAAUGGAUCCACACAAAAGGGUCCCUAUCAGAUGGCUCGCACCAGAAACAUUGAAGAUGGCUAUUUACACGCAGAAAACCGACGUCUUCAGCUACGGAAUUAUGUGUUGGGAGAUAUACAAUAACGGUAUAGAACCAUAUCCUGGAAUGACUGUAGCAGAGGUCAAUCAAAAUGUGAAAGAAGGCUACCGCAUGGAGUUGCCUCCUAAUGUUCAUCCUGAUAUACAAACUUAUGUGAAGGUAACAACCACCGAUAUCGGCCUUACAUUGUAG